ACUCCCUCCCAACAUGACUCGACGUUGGCCAUUUCCCCAUUGCUCACUGCCUCCACCAGAAACCGCCAGGUGAACAGCAUCUUUUCCACUCCCAUCAGACACAACUUGUCCCAGAAACCGAUUAGCUCCAAUCUUGCGAACCAGCACCACAAUCGCAACACAAUUCAUGCCAAUCUCUCCUUGAACAUGAUGAAAAUCUCGUUGAGCCAGCCAAUUCUUUCCCAGGCCGACAAAUUGAGGUUGUGGAGACAUGAUGCUUUGAUGCAACAUCACUAUAAGACUGCUGAGUAUAUUGGCGACAAAAUAUUGGCCUUGACAGACGAUCCAAGCGACGCCUUUUGGCUAGCUCAAGUGUACUAUUCUGCUGGAAACUAUAUCAGAGCCUAUCAGGUCUUAUCAACAAAGGAGUUGUCACAGAGCAUAGCGUGCAGGUAUCUAUCUGGUUUAUGUUUGACAAAAUUGAAUCGAUGGGAUGAUGCUUUGGAUGUGAUAGGUGAAUCAAAUCCUUUUAAAAGAGAAGACAAUGUUCAUAACAAAAACUAUGAUGGAGGUGUGAAGCUAGAGGCUUCAAUGUGUUACCUUAGAGGCAUGAUAUAUGCAAACCAAAAUAACUUUGAUAGAGCAAAGGAAUGCUAUAAAGAAGCAGUUCAAGUAGACGCCAAAUGCUUUGAAGCGUUUGACGAAUUAAUCCAUAACAACUUUCUUACUGCCCAAGAAGAAUGGGACUUUUUAAAUACUUUGGAUUUUGAAGAUGCAAAUGAUAACCAAGAAUUAGUAAAAUUAUUAUACAUUACAAGACUAAACAAACACUAUAAUAUUCCCAAAUUUGAAGAGGCAGAAAGCAUAUUAAAAGAAGAAUACAAUCUAACCAAUAAUAACGAUAUACUAUUGUCAAGAGCAGAUUUACUUUUCAUUCAAUGCAAAUUUCAAAAAUGUCUUGAAAUUUGUGAAAAAAUCUUAAAAAAUGAUGAAUAUAAUGUUUCAAUAAUGCCAAACUAUUUAAGUUGCUUACAUGAAUUAGGCGCAAAAAAUAAACUAUUUGCAAUGGCUCAUAAAUUGGCCCAAAAUCAACCAACUUUAUCAAUAAGUUGGUUAGCUGUUGGAAUUUAUUAUCUUUCAAUAAAUAAAAUAUCAGAAGCAAGAAAAUAUUUCUCCAAAGCUUCAAUAAUGAACCCGAAUUUCGGUCAGGCUUGGAUAGGUUUUGCUCAUACUUUUGCCGCUGAAGGUGAACAUGAACAAGCAAUAUCGGCUUAUGCUACUGCUGCAAGAUUAUUCCCAGGCACUCAUCUACCUAAUUUAUUUCUUGGAAUGCAAUAUCUCCAAAUGAACAACUUGACUCUAGCUGAAGAAUACCUAACUACUUCUUAUCAAAUUUGUAAUACCGACCCGCUUCUAUUAAAUGAAAUGGGUGUAAUAUAUUAUCACAAGAAUGAUCUUAAAAAAGCUGAAUAUUAUUUUUUGAAAGCAUUCAGCGCUUCAAGAAAUUUAAAUUCAGAUUCAAAAGCUUGGUUAUCAAUUCAUGCAAAUUUGGGCCAUGUUUAUAGAAGAUUAAACUCAUUUGAAAAAUCUCUUGAAUGCUUUAAUCAAGUUUUGAAAAUUUCUUCAAAGGAUGCAAACGUUUAUUCUGCAAUUGGUUUAGUUUGUUUAAAAAUGAAUAAAAUAGAUAAAGCCAUUGAAAAUUUACAUGAUGCUUUAGCUCUAGCUCCAAGUGAUCCGGUAGCAAAUGAUUUAAUGAAAAAAGCAUUGGAAGAAAACUCAAAAAGCUCAAUCAAUAACUCUCAAAUAGAUUCAUUAUUAUCAAAAAGAAUUUCCUCAAAAGGAUUUAUUGAAAAUAGUGAUACAAAAACCCUCGCAAAAAGUUUAAUACAAGGAGAGCAAAGUAGUGAUGAAGAAGAUGUAAUGGAUAUUGAAACCGAUUAGUAACAGCUUCAUUAUUUUAAAUAGCUUAUUGCUUUAAUUUAUAGAAAUUUAAUUUGAAAUAAUAGAAAUAAAAACUAAAACUAAAAAAAAAAUGUAUUAAGAGUCAAAUAAUAAAAAGAAACACACAAAACCU